AUGGGAGGAGGAAACGGGCAGAAGGCUAAGAUGGCAAGGGAGAAGAACAUGGAGAAGCAGAAGGCUGCGAGGGGUGUGUCUAGAUUAUACUUACUGAUCGAUCCUCUUUGUGGAUAUCCAGAUCUUUCUUUAUUUCUUGUCUACUUUUUUUUUUCUGUACCUUCCUCCGCAUGUGGUUGUUUGAUCUGGACUUAAUCUGCGCUUGGUCGAUGUGGUUACGCAGGUAGCCAGCUCGAGACGAACAAGAAGGCUAUGAGCAUCCAGGUCUGGGCGCCACCCCCAAUCCCCCACUCUUUCCACGCAUUCAUCGUCUUGGUUUCCUUGUACGGCACUAAUUUAUCCGGGAAUCAUCGUGCCUCUGCUUCUCUUUCUCGUCAUAUUCGGAAGGAUCCUCGAUCUCCAUUUCAUCAUACAAUGUCGUCAGUUGGGAUUCUUUCCGUUGAUUUCUUGGAUUAGAUCCUCCGGUUACUCUGUGCCACAGCAGCCUAACGGAGCCUGGAUUUACACUCUUGAGACUAUAAGAGAAUUUUGGCGAAUUCAGAGCCUAUGCAUUCAUUAUGUUUCUGCUAAAAAACCGAGACACAGACACUCUGUAGAGAAAGCGUUGAACUCUUGUGGAUCUAGUUCUAUCCCGAGAUUUCAUUUUCAUGCUAUAAAAAAAUAUUAAAUAAUUAAUUAUCGCUUUGUUUUAAUGGACGUGGGAGCGUCUGGAUGUUGGUCUCUUUAACCUUAUACUUGAUUGGCAUUUUAGUCUAAUUCUGUAAUAGAUGUUCCUAGGAUUAUUUCAUUUUCAUCUCAUCUUCUGUUCACAUAGCAACUCUUAUUGAUCGUCAUUUCAACCCAGAUGUCUAUAAUUCAAGCCAUGCUAGGCUUUCUUUCCCAUCACAAGCAUUAGGAUUUCAUUUUUCUACCGAUUCUAGUGGAAGUCCUCCUCAGAUAUCAUAGAUCUGCGACAGGUUUCCGCUUCAAGUCAAGGGAUCCCUCAUCAGGACUGAUUCUUUUUUAUUUUAUAUAUAAAUAUUAUAUCUGAUCAUGACAUUUAUCGUUGAACCUUUAUAGGUUCAGAGAGAGAAAAAAAGGCCUCAUAGAGAUUAUAAUUGACGCAUAUCGAUACUAUGAAGAGUUUUAUGGUUCUUUCUCGCUCAACAUUCACAUCCCUUCAAGAUCAAACUUUUAAUUUAAUUCAUUUAAUACUGACGCUUUGUUUUUUUCCUCUAUGAUCGUUAUCCUGUGCCUCAGUGCAAGGUGUGCAUGCAGACGUUCAUCUGCACCACCUCGGAGGUGAAGUGCCGGGAGCAUGCUGAGGCAAAGCACCCGAAAAACGACGCUUACCAGUGCUUCCCCCAUCUCAAGAAGUAG